AUGGAGCACUAUUUGCCGCAAAUAUAUUGGCACGAUCGAACGGGUCUCUUGUCCACCGAUUUUCAUCCGGUUGUCAAAGAUGGACGAUACAAAAUUGCCACAUCAAGUGUUCAGAAAGAAGUCCGUAUUUGGGAGUAUUUCUUCUUCAAGGCAAAAAAGCCCGGUACAAACAUCGAAUUCGAGGAGCUGCAAGUGAACUUUAUCGCAAACCUCGUUCAGCACAAUAAUUCAGUCAAUAUAGUGCGGUUUUCUCCAGCGGAAACAGAUACUUUACUUGCGUCUGGAGACUCGGAGGGCCGGCUCGUGAUUUGGCGAUUGAACGAUCAGUCGGUGGCACAAAUGACUGAUGAAGAGUUGCCGCCAAAUAAGGAAAAUUGGGUUCGAUAUCGUUUGAUUUCUCACGAACAGGAUGUGACAUCGAUUGCUUGGAAUCCUGAGGGUAAACUUUUGGCGAGUGUGGGUCGUGAUGGGCAUCUCAUGGUGCAUGAAGUGCACUCCGGCAAACGAACUGUGUGCAUCCGCAACUUUCGACAAUUCCCCAAUGGGAUCACAUGGGAUCCUCGAGGAAAAUAUUUGGCUAUUUUGUCGAUGGAUCGAAAAAUGGAUAUUGUUGAUUGCAACAAAGGUACAAAGUUGAAAUCGAUUGCAAUGGCCGAUCUGCCCGCUCGAUCGAUUUGUGGACUUUUUGCAGAAGCGAAGCCUUACCGACUAUGGCAUGAUGAUCAACUUGCUGGCUUUCAACGUGGAGUUGCUUUUUCACCUUGUGGGGAAUUGAUUGUGGCACCAGCCGUUCAAAUGGAAAUUGGCACACAAGACAUUUAUGGAACAUUUGUUUUUAAGAGAAGCGAAAUUGACAAGGAGAAACCAUUCUGUUUGUUGCCAACUGCAAAAGCGACAUUUUUGGUGAGAAUGUGUCCGUUGAUUUUUGAGCUCCGAGAUUCCGAGGAAAACUACACAGGAUUACCUCAUCGAGUGAUGUGGCUUGUGCUCAGCAAAGAACAAAUGUACAUCUAUGAUUCGCAGCAUCGACACCCGAUUGGCUACAUUGACAACAUUCACUACAAUAAUUUGACGGACGCGGCUUGGAGUGCGGAUGGGAAGACGAUUAUUAUCUCAUCACUUGAGGGUUACAACAGCUUUUUGAAGUUGUAUCUUGAGCAAUGGGGCAAUGUGUUGGUUGAACGUCCCGAGCCUCCACCAUCACCGCAACUCAUCAAGACGAGAAAGAAACGAGCAAAGGUUGUUGCUCAAGAUGCCGAGGAAAACGCUGCCGGAGAAGAGGCCAAAGAGAAUGUCCAAAUCACGAUGACUGCACCACCUACUGAUGCUCCCACACCAACCAAAUUAGCAAAAGUUAAAGUGAACGUAUCUACUCCAUCGUCAAAGCUUCCAACAAGUACCCCAACAACACCAAAGGCUGGUCCAAUGGAUAAGUUCGUCAAGAAAGAAACGCUUUCGGAGAAGUCGGAUGAUAGUCAAAAGAAUGCGGUUAAUCAACCCAUUCAAAAGAAUGAUGCUAGUGAUGUGAUUGCCAUCAAUCCACCUCCAAAGCCGACAGUGUCGAUGAUCGCCACGAGAAAAGAACCGCGAAAAUCCGUCGACGUUAUCACGAUUCCCCAU